AAUGAGUCUCCAUGAUGGACGAAUGACCAGCAAUGGUGAAGCAGGUUUGGAAGCCAUCAAGGUGCAGGAUCCCUCAACCCCAACUAGGAAACCUCAAUCUCCCAAGCCUGAAAAUGCCAUCACCAUUGCUGUGUCAUCGCGUGUCCUCUUCAGCAUGGACCUGGAGCAACAGAUCUUUGAACAGAAGGGUAUGGAGGAGUACCUGAAGUACCAGAUUGAACAUGAGACUGAACCAUUUGCACCAGGACCUGCUUUCCCCUUUAUUAAGGCCCUGGAAGCGGUCAAUGUGCAGCUGAGACAACUUUAUCCAGACAGCGAAGAGCUCUUUGAUGUUGUGCUGAUGACUAACCAUCACGCUAAUGUUGGGCUCAGACUCAUUAACUCAAUCAACUAUCACAAGUUGUUCAUCGAGCGCUUCUGUAUGACUGGAGGUAAUAGUCCAAUUGGGUAUCUGAAAGCCUAUCACACCAACUUAUACCUGUCUGCUGAUUCAAAGAAAGUGAUGGAGGCCUUAGAGGAAGGGAUUGCGGCAGCCACCAUCUUCAAACCAGAGAAAACAGCGGAGGUGUUGGAGACGCAGCUGCGAGUGGCCUUUGAUGGAGAUGCAGUGCUGUUCUCGGACGAGUCGGAAAGAAUCUUUAAAACGCACGGCCUGGAUAAAUUUUUUGAACAUGAGAAGACCUAUGAAAACAAGCCACUUGAUCAUGGUCCACUGAAAGGAUUCUUGGAGGCUUUAGGAAAACUGCAAAAGAAAUUCUCUGCCAAAGGCCAGCGUAUGGACUGUCCCAUCCGCACCUACCUUGUGACUGCUCGCAGUGCAGCUAGUUCAGGUACACGUGCCCUGAAGACCCUCCGUUCUUGGGGCCUAGAGACAGAUGAAGCCCUUUUCUUGGCUGGAGCACCCAAGGGCCCUAUGCUGGCAAAAAUCAAGCCUCACAUUUUUUUCGAUGAUCAAAUGUUCCAUAUUGAAGGGGCUGCAGAGUUGGGAACUGUGGCAGCUCAUGUUCCCUAUGGAGUCGCCCAAAAAGUGCCAACAAAGAAACCAAAUGAGAGAAGAGAAUUUAAUAAAAUAAAAUGAACAGCAUUACUUACUAGUAUGAAAUAUGUGUUGUGUUGACGCAUUUUGUUUGCGGUUUGUGCCUACAUUGAAUGUUCAUCAGUGUCCUGAGAGCGUCCAGAGCGUCCUGUACAUCAAUGUGUGUACAGAGUGUCUGUCUAGAAUUUAACAUCUGCAAACUGAAAUCAGGUGAAGUUAAAGAUCAAGAGGAUCAAGCCAUAUAUAUAUGUUUUGCUGGCUGAUUUAAAUAGAGUGAAUUUAUUAUAGUAAGGGAUUGUAAUGGAUGUAUUGGAUGUGCCUUUCAGGUACUAUGCAGUUGUUCAGAGAAACAGUCUGUGCCUUUUAUCUUAUAAAUGAAAAUGACUCCUUGCAUUUUAAGUGUUGGUUGUUGAUAGAGUAUCAGUCGAUGGAACAGAGAGAUCGUCCCAGUACCUGCAUCGUAAUGCUGGAAGUUCUCAGUUUUUGUUCAACAGUCAUAAAGUAUUACCAGAGGUGGACAGUAACAAAGUACAUUUACUUAAGUACACUUUUUGAGUAUCUGUACUUUACUUGAGUAUAAUUUUUUUUUUUGGAAGCUUAGGAGUUUAACUUCACUACAUUUGAAAGAUAAAUAUCGCACUUUUCACCCCACUACAUUUCUAUCAAGGUCCUCGUUACUCUUUACUAUGAAGCAGCUUUGAAAGUGGGUGUUUUCUUUUCUAAAACGUGCUUGUUUUUUUUCCCCAGGUGACACUGAGACAGACUAUCAGUAAUCACUAGGGUCACGUCACGUCCAUAGACUGUAUAAACUCAAGUUCAAUUAUUUCUCAGCAGCAUUAUUUGAACACGAUCAGUUGAUGGCAGAAUGGAAGGAGGCGGUUCUUCUGGGGAAUGCGCACACACCCAUGGCCCAUGAACCCAUGUUUCAGUUUUCUAAAAGGAUUAAAGAUUCAUUUCAUUUUAAAUGUUUGCUUUGUUUUCCAAAAACAAACCACAUCACGGCCAACAAAAACUCACCGUCCAACCUGCGGAAGCAGAUUGAGGUAUACAAACGUUUUAUUCCAAGAGAAAGAUUGUAGUGAGGUUGUCUGUGCUUUUAGAGCUAGCGAUAACGUUGCAAACAUAGCUAUGCAGUCUGGUUAGUCACGUGACUUUCUAUGGAUUUGCCUGCCAAGUUGCCAUAGCCUUGUUCACGGCUAAUGUUGACACAUAGCUAGUUAAUGUUAGUUAGCAUGUAAAAAUAGAGUUAGGCUAACAUGAAUAACGUUAACUUAUCUGAAGUCCUUUCAGAAAUAUGUUUUAGCAUAAUCUUGCCAAAUAAACAGAAUGUCAAUCUUUCUUUUCUAGUAACUUUAGCUACCCAAUAUGAUUUUGAGUUUGAAAAGAGUUUGCUAGCAUGUCAGGUGGAGCUUCACUGACUAGCUAGCUUAACAUUAAACCACCAUGAUGCGCAGCAUGUGUUCAUUUUGUGAAUUCAUAUUUCUGUCUUUUGGUAGCAGCAUUAGGUUUUGUAAGCGUUGUGGCAAUAAUACAACGAUGCAUUGACAGAAAAUGUACUUUUAAUACUUAAGUACUUGCUUUUAAAAAUACUUAAGUAAAAAUUUGACUGGAGAACUUUCACUUGUAUCGGAGUAACAUUUGACCAGUGGGAUCUGUACUUUGACUUAAGUAAUGAAGUUGGGUAUUUUGUCCACCUCUGAGUAUUACCUGUGUGAUAUGUAAAUUGUUUGACUUUUAUGUCUAUUAGAUUAUUCUGUGAUGCUCUUUUGGAUAAUUUUAAUAAGCAUGUGAGUAUAUUUGUAAAAACUGUCUGCAUGUUUUAUUAUGAGAUUUCAUAUGUCAAAUUUUGUUCCUAUGAUGUACAAUUGCUCCACUGUUGUAACAAAAAUUUAACCCUCUGAAAGAUUUACCAAUUGCUGUAACCCAUAAGUAGAGGCCAAAAAAAAAAAAAAAAGGUUUACGAUGGUGUUUAUUUCCAGCCACGUUUGUAGCCAGUACUCUCCACUUUUGUAGGUAGAUGGUAGGGAAUAGUGAUUUCUAAAAAUUAUACAUUUUUAUAAGCCAGGACAGAAUCCAAAAAAAGUACAGGUCUACUGGUGAUUAGUUUACAUUAUUAAAAAUACUUCUGUAUGUGCAUAA